GGGGUCGAUUUGCCUACCUAGUUGGUUGUUGGAUGUAGGUAGGCAUCGUACGACCAUGACCCCGGUCGGGGGCCCUCCGCAGCAGCACCGUCAAUCAACUGCAGCUGCACUCCACCCGCCGGGCCCACCGGCCCGACUCAGCAGGCGUCUCCAAUCUGCUCCCCCAAUCUUGCGCGGUGCUUGGUGCUUGGCCUUGGAAGACCCUGGCCCAAGCCUAACCCAACCUGCCCUGCUUGCUUGCUUGCUUGAUUUCAAGCUUGCUUUGAUGCUUCGACGCACACCCCCCUCUGCACAUCGCGAUCAGCGGUCGGUCGACUCCACGUCGGCCACUACCAGUCACCACCACCGCCGCAACCCUGCUCACUUCCGCCGCCGUCCUACGUCCGCAAGCAGGAGGAGCACGAGGGCGGCACGCGCAAGAGCCUCCGAGCGAAAGCCUAUGGACGGACGCGCCCAUCAUCAUCGCCAUCGCAAUCGUCGCAACUCAUCACCGGUGAUGCGCAGAGCACAGGCCCGCAAACGCUCCAGCACCAGACCAGCACAGCACCGCACCAGCCCCUCUGUCUGUCUCUUGUCUUUGUCACGGCGCGCGCUGCCGUCCGCGCCCCCCUAUAAUGCGCCUCACGCGCGCCACUUAGGGCGCCCGCUCUGCCCACGUUGACGCCCGCACUGUGCCUCCUGCCCGCUCAUCGUGCAAUGGCCCCCCACGGCGCAUGAAGUACACGGCCACGAGCGACAGGAGCCUCGGGCCAUAUGCGAGCGGGUGUGCGGCGGCUGCGGCGACCGGCGACCAGCGGCCACGGCCAUCAUCAUCAUCGUAGUCAGCUGCUGCAAUCGUCGUCACCGGUGGCGCGCGGGCUCAAAGCACACACCUACAGGCACAGGGGCCGCGGCGCGGCACACACCCUCACCGGCCGACUAGUGACAGCUCUUCUUCCUCAUGGGGGUGGGUGGGCGAACGUAUGCGGAUGGCAUUGGCAGGUGACUUGGUGUUCUCGGGCGACGGCAAC